CCAGCCCCUGGCAAAGCUGGGACCCCCGUGUUGCUGUGCAAAGUGUGUGGGGACACCAGCAGUGGGAAACACUACGGCAUCUACGCGUGCAACGGCUGCAGCGGAUUCUUCAAGCGCAGUGUACGCAGGAAGCUCAUCUACAGGUGCCAGGCAGGCACAGGGAUGUGCCCCGUGGACAAAGCGCAUAGGAACCAAUGUCAAGCCUGCCGGCUGAAGAAAUGCCUCCAAGCUGGGAUGAAUAAAGAUGCUGUACAGAAUGAGCGCCAGCCCCGAAGCACUGCACAGGUGCAUCUUGAUGCUGUCGACCUGGACCCUGAACGACCACCUGGCCACCUGACAACUGCGCAGGAUGCGGCCCCAGCACCUUGCCCUCCUCUGCAGAACCCCCAAGCCUCCAACUCCUGCUCUGCAACCGGGGCUUCCAGAUCCCAGGCCCUGACACCCCCCAGCAAUCACCGCUUCAUGGCCAGCCUGAUGACAGCUGAGACCUGUGCCAAGCUGGAACCCGAGGAUGCAGAGGAGAACAUCGAUGUAACAAGUAAUGAGCCGGAGCGUGCUAUGGGGGAGUCCCAGCUGUCCGUGUACCCAGCCUCCUGCCCCGAAAGCGUCUAUGAAACCUCAGCCCGCCUCCUCUUCAUGGCUGUCAAAUGGGCUAAGAACCUGCCUGUCUUCUCAAACCUGCCCUUCCGAGACCAGGUGAUCUUACUGGAGGAAGCCUGGAGUGAGCUCUUCCUCCUCUGUGCCAUUCAGUGGUCCUUGCCCCUGGAAAGCUGCCCGCUUCUCUCCGUCUCAGAGCUGGCACCAGCCCUAAAUGGAAAGUUGGCAUCUGCCAGUGUGGACAUCCGCUCCCUGCAGGAAAUAAUUGGACGCUACAAAGUGCUGGCAGUGGAUCCCACUGAGUUUGCUUGCAUGAAAGCAAUUGUACUCUUCAAACCAGAAACGCGAGGCCUGAAGGAUCCAGAGCAGGUGGAGAAUUUGCAGGAUCAGUCCCAGGUGAUGCUGGGACAACAUAACCAGAUGCAUUACCCCAGCCAGCCUGUCAGGUUUGGAAAACUCCUGCUGCUUCUGCCUUCUUUGAAGUUCGUUUCUUCAGACCGGAUUGAACUGCUUUUUUUCCGCAGAACCAUCGGGAACACCCCUAUGGAGAAGCUGCUCUGUGACAUGUUCAAAAACUGA